AUGACUACUGCCAUUAAUAGGAUGACUGAUAUUCUAGAACGAUUAGCUGAGAGACGGGGGGUAGAGCCACUUAACCAACUCGGGGGCCAGGAUAGAGGGGAAGAUAGAGCUUUGGAGAGAUUCCUUAAAUUCAACUCGCCUAAGUUCACUGAUGAGCCUGAUCCUGAGGUAGCGGAGAAUUGGUUAGAAAGAAUGGCUAACAUUUUCGCCGCCCUAGAUUAUGCGGAGGAGAGACGAGUGACUUUUGCUAUCUUUCAAUUUGAGGGUGCAGCACGUGGUUGGUGGGAUAUGAUAAAGGGAAAAUGGGAAAGAGCACAAACUCCUUGGACCUGGGAAAACCUUUUAGGAAAAUUUAAUGAAAAGUUUCUUCCGCCCUUGGUUCAAGAGAAAUGGGAGGAUGAAUUCAUAAAAGUGAAGCAGGGGGCGUCUAGUGUGGCCGAGAAUGAGGAAAAAUUUACUAAACUUUCUAGGACACCUGGCGUUCGAUCCGCUCCAAACGAGAAUCCAUCGGAUGUAAUUGGAAGGGGAGAUCUGCUGAAUGCCUCUCUUCAGAAGACGAUGGCGGUGGUGCAGAAGGGGAAGGACCAGGGGCUGCAGUAG